GCGAGCACCCAAGGAGGUCUGCUGAUUGGUCAGGCCCCAAAAUCUUUGUCUCUAUCUUGGACUCCAGCAGCCUUGAAGAUGCAACUCACAACUUCUCUUUCCAGGAAGACCCACAGGACCCCUGCCCUGUCCAGCAUGGUCCUGAGGCUUCUGACCAGGACUCAGUUUCUGCCUCCUCAGAGUGGCAGCGGAAGCUGGAAGCCGCUGAGGCUCUGCUGAUGCUGAGAAACUCUUCUCAGACAUCUUCUGGCUCCAUCUCCCUGCUCCAGCCCUGCGUGGCAGCAGCUCCUGCUGGAGAUGAAGGGCCCCAGCCUUCUAGCUCCUCUCUCCAACCCAGGCCAGCCAGCUCCAUUUCUCUGCCUAUUGGACAUCUGGAGUGCAUCUCCCUCUUGAGCUAGAAACCCAGAAGAGGAGGCCUCACCAGAGUACUUCCUAUUCAUGCAUUUGCAAAAUGUUUAAAGUCCAAAAUGCUUAACAUGUUUGUUUUUUUAACCUCUAGGUUCUUUCAUAAGCUUUUCAGACUCUUUUUAUGAAAUGGGACAAUUCCUUGGCUGAGAGUGGAUAUUCUUGUACCACCAUCCCUUAAUGCCUAGAUUCUGGGGCCUUUUUAUGUCUCUUACGAAAACAGCGUCAUGGAGUCUAAGCUGAUCAGUCUCUAAAUAGGGUUCUGUGGGAGGUCAUAUGUUCAUAUGCCAGAGUUUUCAUUUGACUCGUGAUUGCAAACAUACCCAUGCACUCAUGCAUGUAUGCAUGCUUGUCAAAAUAUAAGGGUGUUUUCAUUUUGUGUCUAGGUUUGUGUGUGUGAACAAAUAAUAAAUUCUCGUUGUUGUAAGGCACUGCGAUAUAGGAGUUGUUUGCUACCACAGUAUAACGUAGACUCUCCUGACUCUAACAGACUUGUUCAGUUUACUUUUCUAAGUGAGAAUCACCUUACUCAAUAACUGGGCUUUCUUAGCAUGACAAGACAAGAAAAUGGUAGCGAAAAAAGGGGGAGAUGGUGAGGGGGGUAAGGGUUUUACUCAUUUAGCAAGGAAGUGCCUACCUUCUGCCUGGCAUAGACUGCUUCCAGCUGUCCAGAGGGCCCCAAAUUGGGUUGUCUUCAGGGUCAAGCAGGUCUUGCGAAUGAACAGAGCAGGACUGAUAGGCUCUGGCCAACUGACAGUGCAUGCUCUACCUUAGGGGCCAGCUGCCACCUGGCUCCAGCCAAUUGUUGUCAUGUAGGGAUGUGGACUCUUCAUUGCCACAUCUCCUGAUUUUUCAAGAGAAGAUGGAAUUCUAGAUUUCUAUGUAAAAUAUCUCAAUUUUAAAACACUGGCUCUGGUUUCCUGUACGUGGGCCAAAGAAAACAUCCAUUCAGGCCAACUAUGGCCAAGUGAAUGCCAGUUCGAUUCUAGUCGAAUGUGUAUUUUACAGUGGGGGGCACUGAAGGCAACCAGGGCCAGAAGAAUCAAAGAGGGGACAUGAAUUAGACCCAGAGCCUACUUUUGAAGGACCCAUGAAAUAUGAGGAAGAAUCAUUAUCAUUGAUUUUGUGCCCACUGUAUGCUAAACACAUAGAGCCUCACAGCAGCUCUCUGAGCUAAGCAUUAUUACCAGUCUUUUACCUAUGAGGACACACACUAUAUGAGUACAAGUAACUUGCACAAGUGUUUUAGGGGAAAUUUGUAGCCACAGAUGGAUAGAGGAAGACUCCCCUCUCUUUGCCAGGCCCUAAAUUAGCUAAUAAUUUUAUAAAUUUUAAAGACUAAAUUCUAUAAAGUAGCAAUUACAUUACCUGCA